AUGGUGCUUUACCAUGGGCCGCGGCUGUUGGACUUUACAAAGACUCCUCCGCACCUGCAGUUCAACAAAUAUGUCCUGACGGGUUAUAGGCCUGUGUCCACAGCUCAAGGGUGCCUCGGGAGUCUUUUCUACAUGCACAAUGAGCUGGGGAACAUUUAUACUCACGGCAUUCCCUUCUUCCUUUUCUUGGUGCUCCUGCCUUUUAGUAUCCCCUGGAUGGAGGUGGAGUGCCCCUGGAUAUGCAUUGUUCACUACCUGGCCUGCCUCUGCCCCACCGUUGGCUCAGUGGUCUACCAUUUGUUCAUGAACCACGUGGGAGGAGAGCAUGUGUAUGACACCCUGCUCUCCCUGGACAUGUUUGGGGUCUGCUUAGUUAACACACUGGGGGCACUUCCAAUCAUUUACAUCACUCUUCUUUGCUACCCCAGCGUGCAACAGGCUGCCUUGCUAGCCUACAUUCUCCUAUCAGCCUAUGGGAUCUACUGUGCCACCACAGCCCGCACAAACGUCCUGCGCCUGCGUGCUUUCAUCUGGCAGGCUUUGUUUCGCUUCACUCUAUUCCUGUUCCGGGUUUAUGGAAGUGGGGUGGGCAGUCCAAACUCUCUGCGGCUCUUUGUCAUCAUGGACACUCUAGCUGUACUGGGAGGACUAGUCAACAUCAUCCAGAUACCCGAGCGCUUCAGCCCGGGCCUGUUUGACAACUGGGGCAACAGCCACCAGAUAAUGCACAUCAUGGUUAUCUGUUCCAUUAUCUACCUGCACUGGGGCACAAUGGAGGAUUUAGCCUGGAUUAAGACCUACCAGUGUCCUACUGAGUGA